GCCGCCCGCGCGCCGCAGCCUGGAGGAGCCGCCGCCGCCGCCGCCGCGGCCAAGCGAGCGCCGUCGGGGCGGGUGGGCGGGAAGAAGCGGCGGGCUCGAGGUGGGGGGGAGCAGAGAGAGCGCGCCCACCACCUUCCCUUCCCCCCUCGAUGGGAGCGGGGGCGUCCCGGCUCCCGCAGCCGCCAGAGGAGGGAGAGCCGGGGGCCGUCGCUUCGGAGUUGGGGCUGAGCAGUCCUCGGGGAGAGCGCGCCAAGACCGCUGCAGCCGCUGGCUGAGUUAAACCCAUCCAGAGUAAUGGCUGCGGCCUUACCCAGGACCCUGGGGGAGUUGCAGCUGUAUAGAAUAUUACAAAAAGCCAAUCUACUUUCUUAUUUUGAUGCCUUUAUCCAACAAGGUGGUGAUGAUGUCCAGCAACUCUGUGAAGCAGGAGAAGAGGAGUUUUUGGAAAUCAUGGCACUCGUGGGCAUGGCUAGCAAGCCCCUUCAUGUUAGAAGGCUGCAGAAGGCUUUGAGAGACUGGGUCACAAACCCUGGGCUUUUCAAUCAGCCACUGACUUCCCUUCCUGUCAGUAGCAUACCCAUCUAUAAAUUACCAGAGGGAUCACCAACAUGGCUGGGAAUAUCCUGCAGUAGUUAUGAAAGGAGUAGCAAUGCCCGGGAACCUCAUUUAAAAAUCCCCAAAUGUGCUGCCACCACCUGUGUGCAGAGCUUGGGACAGGGGAAGUCAGAUGUGGUCGGGAGCCUAGCACUGCAGAGUGUUGGUGAGUCCAGACUCUGGCAAGGCCACCAUGCCACUGAGAGCGAGCACAGCCUCUCCCCAGCAGACCUGGGCUCCCCCGCGUCCCCAAAGGAGAGCAGCGAGGCGCUGGAUGCUGCUGCUGCGCUUUCUGUGGCUGAGUGUGUGGAGCGGAUGGCCCCCACACUGCCAAAAAGUGACUUGAACGAAGUGAAAGAGCUGCUAAAAACCAACAAGAAGUUGGCCAAAAUGAUUGGUCACAUCUUUGAGAUGAACGAUGAUGAUCCACACAAAGAGGAGGAAAUUCGGAAAUACAGUGCAAUAUAUGGCAGAUUUGACUCAAAGAGGAAGGAUGGGAAACAUCUCACACUUCAUGAGCUCACGGUUAAUGAAGCGGCUGCUCAACUCUGUGUGAAGGAUAAUGCCCUGCUGACAAGAAGAGAUGAGCUUUUUGCCUUGGCUCGACAGAUUUCUCGAGAAGUCACCUAUAAAUAUACUUACAGAACCACCAAGUCAAAAUGUGGAGAAAGAGAUGAAUUAUCCCCAAAGAGAAUUAAAGUGGAGGAUGGGUUUCCAGAUUUCCAGGAUUCUGUGCAAACACUCUUCCAGCAGGCUAGAGCUAAGAGUGAAGAACUUGCAGCUCUUAGUUCACAGCAGCCUGAAAAGGUGAUGGCAAAGCAGAUGGAGUUCCUUUGCAAUCAAGCUGGCUAUGAGAGACUGCAGCAUGCCGAGAGGAGGUUGUCUGCAGGGCUUUACAGGCAGAGCUCAGAAGAGCACAGUCCUAACGGCUUGACUUCCGAUAACUCAGAUGGACAAGGAGAAAGACCUUUGAAUCUCCGAAUGCCUAAUUUACAGAACAGACAACCCCAUCAUUUUGUGGUGGAUGGGGAGCUGAGCAGACUUUACCCCAGUGAGGCAAAGUCCCACUCAUCAGAGAGCCUUGGGAUUUUAAAAGACUACCCUCAUUCAGCUUUUACCUUAGAAAAGAAAGUCAUCAAAACAGAGCCUGAAGAUUCAAGAUAGCUGUGAUUUCUCUCACCGUUCUCUGGAAAUGGCAUCAGAUUUAAGGAUAAUACUCCAUCAUAGAAAUAAGCCUUAAUAACCAGUGUUGCCUCAUUCAGCUCAAACAGAUUUCAUAGCCAAAGCAAAAGGACUGGUACGGUAGUCUGUGGAAACCAGGAAGAUAAAACAACAGCCACAAAAGAGAAAAUCAAGAGUGUUGCAAUCUAUAACAGUAAUAUUGAUUCAUUCACAUUCCUGUGUUAAGUCAUUUUAUAUGGAAAGGCUUACAAAUCAAUAUUGUAAGCAUUCAUUAUUUAAGAAUGUACAAUGUAUUUGUGUAAUUUAUAGAAGUAAAAUCUAGAUGUUGAGACCUGUUUGGUCUAAUAGAUGUGGAUACAGUUUAUUUUACUUGAAAUUUUGUUGUCUACUUUGUGUGUUUAACGUAAAUAUAUGUCAGAGUUUAGAAUCUUUGCCUGCAGUUGUGAAAAAGAAAGCUUAAGUGAUGUAGUUAUUGGCAAGAUUGCAAUGAUUGUGGAAAAAUAGAAAGCGAAUACUCAGUUUAAGCCAAGGAAAAUAUUGUGGAUUUAAUAUUUGAUAAAACUGAUUUUGUUUAACAGGAAAUUUUUAGCAUUCAGUCAUAUAACAUCUGGUUAUCAAUGCACGUUUACACAAUAAAUACUUGAGUGGAGGAAAGUUAAAAAGAUGAGCAAUAGAGUAGAAAAUAUAUCUUAAACUAGUUGACCUAGAUUGUAUUAAUAGCUACUUAAGAUGUUUCAAAGAUAGGAAGCUAUUGCUUGGACAGAGAACUUGAAAUAAGUGGACCCAUGUAUAAAAGCUUUGACUUAAACAUUGAUAUUUCAGAAUGUGUUAAAUAGAUUAAGACACAGUAAGUUAACCCUACAUGUUACAAAGAUGGUGGCUGUUAACAAAGGCUGUAACAGAUUAAGUACUAUUUUAUAUCCAGAAAGUCUUCUCUAUGUAGAGAAGUCAGAGAGACUAGAUGCUUUCACUAGGGAAUGUCUUCCCACCCAGCCAUCACAAGUGUGGACAAUCACUGCAUCCACAUCUGUAGGCAUAUUUCUAUGGAAGUUUAGUUGACAGCUAUAUUCAUUAUUUAUUUUACGAUUUCAUUUUUCUACACCUUUGAGAUUUAUGAAUGCAGUUUUUUCUUAAAAUUUAUUUUAACUUGACAGUAUGUUUUUAGUUCCCCCAAUUUAAUUAAUGGACCAUGUGCAUAUAUAUGGGAGUGUGCUUACAUGUUAAUAAUUUACUUGCAUACUUACGAGAAUUUCACAUUGGAAUUCAUAAUGGUAAAACAACAUACAUCUGCCAAUAUACGUUUUUUCUGUUGGUUUAAGAGAAGAUAACUGACAGCUUUACCUACUUCCUACAGAUGCAUCUAAACCCAGAUAUUACUGAGAAGAGUGUAUUGACUCUGAGUGUAAGAGAGUAUGUGUUUUUUUGUUUUUAGUUCUGCUCUAGAUCAUAAUUGUAAAAAAUAUUAAGUCAUAAUCUGUUACACUAAAAUUUGUCAGCCAAAUGUUAGAUGAAAUGUCUGCACUGUAGUCUCAGAUCACUGUCACGUAUAUAAAUUGCUUCUUCAUUUUAAUUUGUAGAAGUACUUUACAGUAGGAAACGCCAGUAAACAACUUUUAUACUGUUAAAAGGCUUUUUUCCCCUUCCUAAAUGUUUUAAUUGUACCAUAGUGUUUUGCUCACUGAAGAAGCUUCUUAUGGACCUUGCAACUUUGUUGCUAGCUUGAGGUUGAUUAUUGUGGUUGUAUUGUUCACUGUGUAUAGAAAUAGUAUGAGUACGAUUUCAAUAGACUGUUCAGUUUUUAAUAUUAGCCAUAGCACUGGUUAGUAUCUCAGUAGUUUCAUGAAACGUUUCCUGUAUUCUAAUCUAUUUUGAAACAUUUUGUUUUUUUUUAAUUGUGUCUUACAGUCAAGUUUGUAGAUUUUCAUAAGCCACAAUUUUAAAAGAUGCAGUAAUCUUCCAACUUCCAAUAUUUAUCCAUUCGUUGUGGACCCACAGAUUGCAUCUUUAAAUUCAUAAUAAGUUUCCUUAACUAUCUUAUGUUUCUAGUCUUUCAAGCUUAGUGAUAAGGUGGAAGCACAAGAAAAAUUUCAGUAGAAUACAGUUUUUAUUUUGUAAACACUAAUGUAUUAAACUUGCUAUACAUUAAAGCAAAUAAUAUAUAUUUUUAUUUGAAUUGUAUAUGUGAAUUGGAAGUUAUAACUAGUUGAUUUUUUCAUUUUGUUAGAGGUAUUUUCACUGAACAAGGUCAAUUGGUUACCUCAGUAUUACAGCCAAUAUAGUCCAAGGGACCAUUUCUCCCCGAGUCUCUUACACUUUAUUGUGCGAUGUCCACGUUUUUGUGACUCUUCAAGCUGUUGGUGAGGUGGGACGAAUGCACUUGCUUCCUGUGGCAAUAAAGAUUUUCUGUGCCUCACA